CCGGCGGGCGGGGCGGUGCUGCGCUUCCUGCUCCGCGGCGGCGGGUCGGGCCGCGGUCGGUAGGCUGUCGGCAGCGGGGCUGGGAUCGGUGCUGCCCGCUUCGCCAUGCAGCCCUUCACAGUGAACAUCAAGCUGUCGGCGCGGACGCUGACGGGCGCCCUCAGCGCGUCCAACCGGGGGGCGGCGGAUUGGGGCUGGCAGGGUCUGAUUGCAUACGGAUGCCAUUCCCUCGUGCUGGUGGUGGAUGCCAAUACUGCCCAGACCUUGCAGGUUCUGGAAAGGCACAAAGCAAAUGUUGUCAAGGUUAAAUGGGCUAAAGAAAAUUAUCAUCACAAUAUUGGCUCUCCAUAUUCUUUACGUUUAGCUUCUGCUGAUGCUACUGGUAAAAUAAUUGUGUGGGAUGUGGCAACAGGAACAGCUCGCUGUGAAAUACAAGAACAUGCAAAACCAAUACAAGACAUGCAGUGGUUGUGGAAUCAGGAUGCUUCUAGAGAUUUACUGCUUGCAGUUCACCCACCUAACUAUAUUGUGCUGUGGAAUGCAGACACAGGCACCAAACUUUGGAAGAAAAGUUAUGCAGAAAAUAUUCUGUCUUUUUCAUUUGACCCAUUUGAUCCAUCCCACUUAGCACUGCUUACCAGUGAAGGGAUAGUGUUCAUCUCUGACUUCACUCCUUCCAAAGCUCCUGCCAGCUCAGGGAAGAAGGUUUACAUCUCCAGUCCCCAUUCCAGUCCUUCUCAUAGGCUGGCUGCUACUACAGGGGCCAAGAAGGCCCUUGAUAAAGUAAAAAUCUUAAUCAGUAAUGAAAAACCAAGUGCUGAAUCUGUGACACUCAAUGACUGCCUUCAGUUAUCUUAUUUGCCUUCCAAAAGGAACUACAUGUUGUUACUCUAUCCCAGAGAAAUUCUGAUUCUUGACUUGGAAGUGAAUCAGACAGUGGGUGUGAUUGCAAUUGAAAGAACAGGUGUGCCUUUCCUACAGGUAAUUCCUUGUUUUCAGCGUGAUGGCUUAUUUUGCCUACAUGAAAAUGGUUGUAUAACUUUGAGAGUUCGCAGAUCUAACUGCUCUGCAACUGGAAUUCCAAAUGAAGAGCCAGAUCCAGACCCAGUUCAGGAGCUGGUUUAUGAUUUAAGAAGUCAAUGUGAUGCAAUUAGGGUAACAAAAACAGUUCGGCCAUUCAGUAUGGUGUGCUGCCCAGUGAAUGAGAAUUCUGCAGCUCUCAUUGUCAGUGAUGGCAGGGUAAUGAUCUGGGAGUUAAAAUCCAGUAUUGCCAGCAAAAAUCUGCGUAACAGCAGUUCAAGUGCAUCACCUUUGUAUUCCCCAGUCUCAUUCUGUGGAAUUCCUGUUGGAGCAUUCCAAAAUAAACUUCCUGACCUGUCAUUAGACAACAUGAUAGCAGGGCAGGGUACAGUUGCUGGAGAAGAGCAAUUGAAAAGUUCUUUUAUGCAAGAAGUUCAUCUCAAAUUCCUGCUGACUGGGCUUCUUUCAGGCCUUCCUUUGCCUCCAUUUGCUAUCCGCAUGUGCCCACCUCUUACAACAAAAAACAUUAAGCAGUAUGAGCCACUCCUUGCUGUUGGUACAAGUAAUGGCUCUGUCCUGGUGUUUCACCUUACAAGUGGACUAUUACACAAAGAGUUGAGCAUCCAUUCCUGCGAAGUCAAGGGAAUAGAAUGGAUCAGCUUGUCUGGUUUUAUUUCCUUUGCCACAUCAACACCUAACAACUUAGGGCUGGUAAGAAAUGAGCUGCAGCUGGUGGACCUGCCAACAGGCAGGAGCAUUCCAUUUCGUGGGGAGAGAGGCAAUGAUGAGCCAGCUAUUGAAAUGAUAAAGGUGUCUCAUUUGAAGCAGUAUCUAGCUGUGGUAUUUAAAGACAAGCCACUGGAAAUAUGGGAUGUCAGAACUUGCACUCUGCUCAGAGAAAUGUCUAAAAACUUUCCUGCAGUGACUGCUCUGGAGUGGUCGCCUUCUCAUAACCUGAAAAGCCUGAGAAAGAAGCAGCUUGCAGCCCGCGAGGCCAUGGCCCGGCAGACAGUUGCAUCAGAUACUGAAGUGAGCAGCGUCGAAUCUUCUGUUAUCAGCUUGUUACAGGAAGCCGAAAGUAAAUCUGAGCUGAGCCAGAACAUUUCUGCCAGGGAGCACUUUGUAUUUACAGAUGCUGAUGGGCAGGUCUAUCAUCUCACAGUAGAAGGAAACUCAGUGAAAGAUAGUGCAAGAAUUCCUCCUGAUGGAAGUAUGGGUAGCAUUACAUGUAUUGCCUGGAAAGGGGAUACCCUGGUUCUUGGAGAUGUUGAUGGAAACUUAAACUUCUGGGAUUUGAAAGCCAGAGUAUCCAGGGGGAUUCCUACGCACCGAAGCUGGGUGAAAAAGAUACGUUUUGCCCCAGGGAAAGGAAAUCAAAAACUUAUUGCUAUGUACAAUGAUGGAGCAGAAGUUUGGGAUUCAAAAGAGGUACAGAUGGUGAGCAGUUUAAGAAGCGGAAGAAACGUGAAUUACCGAAUCCUGGAUGUAGACUGGUGCACUUCAGACAAAGUGAUCCUGGCAUCAGAUGAUGGGUGCAUUAGAGUUCUGGAGAUGUCCAUGAAACCAUCGUGUUUUAGAAUGGAUGAACAAGACUUAUUAGAACCUGCAUGGUGUCCCUAUCUACUUGUUCCAAGGGCUUCUUUAGCUUUAAAAGCAUUCUUGUUGCAUCAGCCGUGGAAUGAAAAAUAUUCUCUGGAUGUUAUGAACAUCGAUUAUCCAGAGGAUGAAAACAUCAAAAAUCUGAUUCAAGAGCAGCUGAAUUCACUGUCAAAUGACAUCAAGAAACUUCUGCUUGAUCCAGAGUUUACUCUUUUGCAGAGAUGUCUCCUAAUUGCCAGACUGUAUGGAGAUGAGUCUGAACUGCAUUUCUGGACCAUUGCUGCCCACUAUUUGCACAGUUUAUCCCAGGAAAAACCUGCAAAACCAACAGAUGCAGUUAUCCUUCAAGAACAGCUGGUUAAUCCAUUGGAUAUAUGCUAUGACAUACUAUGUGAAAGUCAUUACUUUCAGAAAUUUCAGCUCGAAAGGGUAAAUCUCCAGGAGGUGAAGAGAUCAACAUACGAUCAUACCAGGAAAUGUGCUGACCAGCUUCUUCUCUUGGGCCAGACUGACAGAGCAGUACAGCUGCUGUUAGAAACAAGUUCAGAGAAUGCACAUUACUACUGUGAUUCACUCAAAGCUUGCUUGGUAACAACUGUCACAUCAUCAGGUCCAUCUCAAAGCACCAUCAAGCUGGUAGCAACCAACAUGAUAGCUAAUGGAAAGCUCUCAGAGGGUGUUCAGUUACUGUGUCUGAUAGAUAAGGCUGCUGAUGCUUGUCGCUACUUGCAAACUUAUGGUGAAUGGAAUCGUGCAGCAUGGCUUGCAAAGGUUCGCUUGAACUCAGAGGAGUGUGCUGAUGUGUUAAAGCGUUGGGUGGAUCACCUUUGCUCUCCACAAAUCAACCAGAAGUCCAAAGCCAUUCUUGUCCUUUUGUCACUUGGUUGCUUUACAAAAGUUGCAGAGAUGUUGCACAGUAUGAGAUACUUUGAUAGAGCAGCUUUAUUUGUUGAAGCUUGCCUGAAGUACGGGGCAUUUGAAAUCAAUGAUGAUACAAAUAAACUGAUCCAUGCUGUCUAUGCAGAUUAUGCCAGGGGCUUGAAGCUCCUGGGCUUUAGGCAAGGAGCUAUUUUCUUUGCCUCAAAAGCAGGAGAAGCUGGUAAAGAUUUAUUGGUUGAGCUCAAACAGCCUAAAGGGGAAGCGAUGGAAGUGACAGAAGAGUAGCAAUUCUGUAUUUACUGCUAAGAGGAGUUCUUCUAUCAAACUGGAUUGUCCAUCAGAUUGAUACUGCACUGUGUGAAAAUGCGCUUUCUCUUGAAUCGCUGUAAUAGCUCAUGUGUGAUUUGAGCAAAUAAUGUUAAAUGUGUGAGGAGGCAAAUUUAAGAACUGUUUUGUUUAUUCUUAAAUUGUCUUCAUUUUCAAGAGAGAAGGAAAAAAAGGCUAUGAUAAAAUUAUACAUGAAUAUUUUCAGCUUUUUCAACUACAGCGGAAAUCAAACGGAACAAAAUGCUGAAAGCGUUCUGUACCUGUGUGAGAGCCUGCUCCAUUUACUUCCAAAAAUCAAAUCUUUAUAAUUCUUCACCACUGUUGUAUUUAUAUGUAUAAAUGAUUCAAUCUGUACUAUAAAAAUAUGAAUUUAUGUAAAGAAUAAACACAGAUCACAAAACA